CGAUUUUCUAAAGGAAAACAUAAAUUAGAGAUACCGUUUUCAUAAAAUUUAAUUCGUGUAUUUACACCAGCAAUUAGGAGUCAUCUAAAUAGUAAUUAAUAACAACGAAAUUAUGAUUUUUUAGUUGGACAAUUUUUAUUCAAGCAAAUUUGCCUCCUUUCACAUCAACACUCAAGAUCGACCGUGUCAGGCCACCUCAUUAAAAUUAGCUCUUCCACCAAGUGGGCUGUGAUCCUAAUCAUCUAACUUCACUCGGUACAAAAAUAAUAGUUUUAAUUUUUCAUAAACUUUAUUUAAUAAAACUCAGUCUGUGAUUUUUACAUGUGAUGUUUUAAACGUGUUUUAAGCACUUUGUAGUGUUUUAAGUUGUUUGUUAAGUGUUCAAGUUUGUCUUUUCAUCAUGUCUGAUGUACACGAAGUUGAUACAACUGAAAGCAGUGGGAAUGAAAACUCAAAAAUUAAGUACGAAAUGUCCCCUAGUCUUAAAGAACAAUUGCAAAACAUUCCGGGGGCGAUGGAGUAUAUAGCGUUGCUAGAAAAACAAAUUAAAAAGCAGAAGAAGAAACUGCGGAAAAUUAAAGCGAAAUUUAAGACUGUUCCAACGUGUCACGAUGUCAGCAUUCAAACCGAACCCCUGUACGACGUGAGUUAUUCACAAAAUACAAUAUCAGAAGAACCCAAAAGUAUUGCUGAAGAAAUCAAAGAAGCUGCAGAAAUAGCGACCCAAAACAUAGGUUUCAUGUAUGACGAAGCCACGGGAAUGUACUACGAUUCAAAUACGGGAUACUAUUACAAUGUGGAAUAUGGUUUGUACUAUGAUCCAACUAGCGGCACGUACCUAAAGUAUAAACAAGACACCAAUACCUAUGAAUUCCAUUCCCGAGUAUAUGUACCUCCGCCCGAAAAACAAACAAACAAAGAAAUUGUCAAACGAAAGAAGAAAAGUAAGGAUGAGUCAAAAGCGGCGAAAUGUGUACGGUUGGGGACGGAUUCAUCGCAGUCGGCAGAAACGGAAGAAGGAGAAUGUUCAAUCAGCAGUGGCAACGAUAGUGACGAUACCAAUUCCGAUAAUAGCGACUUGUCAAAGAAGUGGCCACCUUGCAUGCGAGUUAUUGUGGAACAAUCCCAACUGCCGAAAAUCAAAGUUGGUUCUUUACACAUAGUGACAUUCGAAGGUGGUACCUUAGGACGUGAGGGGAACCACGCUAUCAUCCUUCCAGAUAUAAACAUUAGCAAAUGUCACCUUAAGUUUACUUAUGACAAAGACAAGAACCGGUACUUCGCUACCGAUUUGGGGUCUAGGAACGGUACCGUUCUGAACGGCAAGAGAAUGAGCACCUCUAAACAAGAAAGUGAAGCUUUGGAAGUACCACAUGGUAGUAGAAUCCAAGUGGGUGCUGUAGUAUUAUUGUGUCACGUUCAUGACGGGUACAAAACUUGUGGUCAUUGUGAACCAGGAUUAGUACAAACUGCAGAAAAGAAAGUUGAACCCGUUUCAAAAGCUACAAAAAGCGAACAACACAAGAGCGAGUUGAAGAAAUUGAGGAAAAAGUUUGGUGUCAGCGCAUUUGAAGAAGGGAACACGAAGUUGGCGUCUGGUUACACGGACAGAGCUCAAAAAAGGAGAGACACUGUGGGUAGUCAAAAUCCUCAUGAGAAGACGGAGACGGCAUCACUCAAUGAGUCGAUUUCAUCGCAAAAUAAAGGGUUUAAAAUGUUGGCAAAGAUGGGCUGGAAGGAAGGACAGUCGUUGGGAAAAGAUAGUCAAGGCAUGCUAGAACCACUGCCUAUAGUUGGUAAUCCAGGAACGUCGGGAAUUGGAAGUGGAGGAGGUGGUGAUGCAGUGCCGUUUGAUGUGCAGUAUGACAAAAAUAGACACAUUAUUUGGAAAAAGACACAAGAAAGAUUUAAAAAACUACCAGCAGCGGCAAAUGUUUUUGAGGAAUCUGAUUGAUGUUCGUAGUUAGGUUAUUUUGGUGUAGAUAAUUUUUGUAAUUAAGACAUUUUUAUUGAAAAAAAAACCGUGUG